ACAAAAUGGACGAUGCAAGGCUGAUGCGCAAGAUUGACUGGCAGAUUCUGCCGAUUAUGUUUUUGACGUAUUUUCUGCAGUUUCUGGAUAAAGUGUCGUUGAAUUAUGCAAAUGUGAUGGGAUUGCAAGAUGAUUUAAACAUGACCGGCAAUGACUUUUCCUGGCUGGCAACAGCCUUUUUCAUUGCUUAUGCUGUGGCGGAAAUCCCCCAAGGAAUCCUCCUCCAACGCCUCCCCAUCACCAAAGUACUGGGCGCGAAUGUCUUCUUCUGGGGCGUGAUUCUGUGCUGUUCAGCUGCUGUCCACAACUUUGCCAGCAUGAUUGCAUUGCGUGUUCUUCUUGGUUUGUUGGAAGCUGUCAUCGGUAUGUCUCUUCUAUAUUCACAGUAUAUACUAAUGAGAACAGCCCCCAGUCUCACCAUGUACACCAGCAUGUGGUAUACAAGAGCCGAAUCCACUCCGAGAUACGGCUUCUGGUACUGUGGCUUAGGCGCUGGCCAGAUAGUCGGUGGACUCAUCUCGUUUGGAGCUCAACAUGCACCGUCUUCCAUGUCAUUCGGAGGCUGGCGCAUCAUGUUUGUCGUGAUAGGAGCCGUGAAUGUCCUCGUCUCGCUGUUGGUGCUGUUUAUCCUGCCCGAAACACCAGAAAAGGCGAGAUUCAUCUCCGACGAUGAGAAGAAACGUAUUGCAUUCCGACUAUCGCAGGAUCAAGCAGGAGUGGGAGAAAAGGUGUUCCAACUAUCGUCCUUGAUCGAGGCAUUUGGAGAUGUGCAGACGUGGUUGUUGGUGUUGUUGACGAUUCUCAUAACCAUUCCCAGUGGUGUGAUCACCACCUUUUCAUCAAUUCUGAUCAAAAACUUUGGAUAUACGUCGAAGGAGAGUGCAUUGCUGAACAUGCCCUCUGGCGUGGUGAGUAUCAUCGCCACGAUGCUGUCCACAUACGCGAUAUCUCGAGGUUUCUCGCGAUGGCUGGCGAUUGCAUUCCUCCUCAUUCCCACUCUGAUCGGAGCGUGUUUGAUGUCUUUUCUCCCAUCGUCAAACCAAUCAAACCAAGGAGGCUGUCUAGCUGGCAUCUACCUCGUCAAUACCAUUGUCGCUCCCCUCGCCCUCAUCUUCGCCUGGACAGGCGCAAACUUCAAAGGCUACACGAUGAAAGUCGCCGGCUGUUCUCUCGUAUCUGCUGCCUUCAGUAUCGCCAACAUCAUCGGGCCACAGACAUUCCAGGCGAGAGAUGCGCCUAGGUAUCUGCCGGCCAAGAUCACGGUGGUGGCAGUUAGUGCCGCGGCGAUCGUGAUUUCUGCGUGUUUGAGAGUGUUGUAUGGAAUGAGGAAUAGUAAAGCAGAUAGAUUGGGAGUGGCUGCGAGGAGUUAUCUGGAGAAGAAGUUGGGCAGAGAUGACGAUGUUGCAUUCCGAUAUGUGUUUCUUCGCAAAAUGACCAUCCUCAUCACUGGUGCCAACUCCUUCAUCGCAGCCCACUGCAUUUCCCUCCUCCUCUCCUCCAACAUUCCCGUCCGCGCAACCGUUCGCUCUCCCUCAAAAGCAUCAUCCACCUACUCUGCCCUCGCAGCAGCCAAAGCCCCCAACCUCACCUCCCUCGAAGUCGUCGUCAUCCCAGACAUAACCGAUGUCAACCAACUCUCCCCGGCUUUAGAAGGCUGCACGGCCAUUCUCCACCUAGCGUCUGCAUUCAACUACGAUGCCAAACCGGGCGAGUUUGAGGAGAAGCUCCUCCUGCCCGCGUUGAAUGGGACGCUGGCUGUCUGUCAGGCCGCGCAGAAGUAUCCUGCCAUCAAGCGUGUGGUGAUCAUGUCUAGUUUUGCGAGUGUUUACGAUGCUAGUCUUGGGUUGCAGCCGGAUAGUGUUUAUACGGAGGAGGAUUGGUGUCCGUUAAGAUAUGAGGAUGGGAGGGAUGCAGAUGCUGUUCCCAUCGCAUAUCGCGCAUCCAAAGCCAUUGCCGAAAAAGCCGCGUGGGAGUUUAUCCAGAACAACGAAGUCACCUUCCAUCUCGUCACGCUCUGUCCGGGUAUGGUGUUUGGGAAGAUGAUCCAUCCGAUUUCGUCGUUGGAUGAGUUGAAUGCCAGUAAUAGAAUUGUCUGGGAUGUUCUUUCUGCUGGUGAGGGUGGGUGUAUUCCUCCUACCAAGGCACCUGUCUGGAUUGAUGUCGAGGAUCUGGCAGUUGUAUGCCAUCGUGCUCUGACAUAUCCACUUUCAUCGCAUGAGAGAUUCCUGGUUACGCAGGGUUCUUAUGAUACGCAGGAGAUAGCAGAUAUCGCGCGUGAACAGCUAGUUAAAAAGCGCUCAAGAGUGCCAGUUGGAGAACCUGGAAAGAGAUACCAUCAUACUCAUUAUUCAUGUGAUUCUGGAAAGGUGCAGAAGACAUUUGGUGUUGCAUUCAAGACGUUGGAAGAGAGCAUCAUCCCAUUGGCGAGGCAGUUGUAUGCGAUGGAGUAGAUAUUGUGAUAUUUACAGCUUCCCCAUCGGUCGUCGUGAAGUAUCUCGUCCAUGGAUAUAGCACACCCGCCGUAACUCCUCAAUAGCCUCACCAUACAAUUCAGCUCGGAAUAUCGCAUACAUUCCACUCUUCGCCUUCCCCGCCCACUUCCUCCCCAUCCCCAACGCAGCCUCAUG